GGAGCUUUGAAUGAUUCCUAUAAAACGUCUGACACAAAAUACACUCCUCUCUCAAAAGUCAUUCUCUCUUCUCUCUUUCAUUCAUUCCUCAAUCAAUCCAUUCAUGCUCUGUUUCUUUCAUUGCAUGAUCAAUGUGUAUGUUUAACAACAAUGUAUAGUAACACUAUCAAGAAAAUGAAGAAGCAAGCUUACAUCUCAGUGCCAUCUCAAAUCAUUAAUUCUCUUUCCUCUUCUUCACUUCAAUCUCUUCUUACUUCACCUAAGAAGUCUUCAAAGAGUUCAAGAUUCAAUCUUUUCAAGAACCCAAGAUUUUAUUUUUCUUUCAUUUUUUUAUUUGGACUUGUUGAAAUCUUCAAGAUGUGGGGUAAUCUUGAUCCUUUGGUGCCUUUUGCAGCACACCCAUGUUCUAUUUCAUCUGGGGUUUUGAUUUCUCAUCAAGAAUCAUCAGUUUUAGGAGGGAAUUUUGUGUCUCAGCUUAGUGUUAGGCCAACAGUUGAAGAAAGUGAUCAAGAAAUGAGUGAGUUUUGGAAGAAAGGUGAUGGUUUGGGAUAUGGGUCAUGCUUGGAUUUUAGUAAAGAAUAUGAGAAAGAGAGUUCUGGGAUUUUGAAGAAUAGGAAGAGUUAUUUGGUUGUGGUUGUUGCUGGUGGGAUUAAUCAGCAGAGGAAUCAGAUUGUUGAUGCUGUUGUUAUUGCCAGGAUUCUUGGAGCUGCUUUGGUUGUUCCUAUUUUGCAAGUUAAUGUAAUCUGGGGAGAUGAAAGUGAAUUUUCUGAUAUCUUUGAUUUGCAACACUUCAAGAGUGUUCUUGCUGACCAUGUGAGAAUAGUUACAUCACUACCAUCAACUCAUUUGAUGUCCAGGCCUGUGGAGGAGAAGCACACUCCGUUGCAUGUUUCUCCUCAAUGGAUUCGUGCCCGUUAUCUCAAAAGAAUGAGAAGGGAAGGUGUUUUGCUAUUACGCGGUCUUGAUUCAAGGCUUUCGAAGGAUCUUCCUGGUGAUCUCCAGAAACUUAGGUGCAAGGUAGCAUUUCAUGCCCUUAAGUUUGCACCAUCAAUUCUGCAACUUGGUAACAAGCUCACGGAGAGAAUACGAAGCAAGGGACCAUACCUUGCUCUUCAUUUGCGCCUUGAGAAGGAUGUAUGGGUCAGAACAGGCUGCCUUCCUGGUCUCAGCCAUGCUUACGAUGAGAUAAUACGAGAGGAAAGAAAGCAACAUCCCAAGCUCUUAACCUCAAGAUCAACUAUGAGUUACCAUGAAAGGAAGCUUGCUGGUCUUUGCCCCUUAAAUGCCUUUGAUGUCACCAGAUUGCUCAAGGCCCUCGGGGCUCCAAAAACUGCUCAGAUUUUCUGGGCUGGAGGAACACCAUUCGGCGGAGAAAGUGCAUUACUACCAUUAACUAAAGAAUUUCCACAUCUGUACAAUAAGGAAGACCUUGCAUUGCCUGGAGAGCUUGAGCCAUUUGCCAAAAAAGCCUCCAUGAUGGCUGCCAUCGACUACAUUGUUUCUGAAAAUAGCGACGUUUUCAUGCCUUCUCACGGUGGCAAUAUGGGCCAUGCUAUCCAGGGAAGCAGGGCUUAUGCAGGGCACAAAAAAACCAUUAUACCAAAUAAGAGGCAAAUGGUUCCCUAUUUUCUAAAUUCUUCCAUACCUGAAGAAGACUUCAGGAGGAUCAUAGUGGACUUGCACCGCGAUUCCUUGGGACAGCCAAAGCUAAAAACGUCGAGCAAAGCAGGGAGAGAUGUUACAAAGUAUCCUAUUCCAGAGUGUAUGUGUAAAAAUUCAAAUAGGCAUUCAACAUUGUGAUGAUGACUAGGAAAAAUACCUCAAAAGUCGAAAUGUUUGUAAAGUUUCAGGAACAUUUGCUGCUACAAAUCCACCAUUUUGUAUAGUUUCCCAGGUGGAUUUACUUACACUUGUAAUAUCAUGGUUCUCGGAUUCACUUGUGUAUGAGAGCCGGUUCCAUGUAAUAGUUAGCCUAUACGAAUAUCAAGCAUACAGAAAUUCAAAUCACUUACAGUAGAAGAAAUAUUGAUUGUUUUUGUCUUC